GUCGUCUUGUAUGUGUGGCUCUUGCAUACAGUAUGCAUUGGUAAUGGCCUAGUCGCAGGAGCUUCUCCAACCAGGAGGGUCCUUCAGGGACCCUAGCAGCAGUCUGAAAGAAGGAGGCGUGAUCCUGCCUCCCCCGUCCAGCUCAGCUCUAGAUGAUCCAACUCCAGUUCCAGCUCGAGCACGAGCACAAACUUGUUGAGUGUCGAGGGUAUACCCUGCGAACCUCAGUCGUUGAUCAAACGGCUUUGAAGCGAGCGAGCGGUCGACCACCAGGAAAAGAAAAUCAUGGACUCACCCAACAAUUUGAGCUAUAACUACGAAGAUUACAAUGAUUCUGCAAUGACUGAGAUGUAUUCCACUAAAACAGCACUGAGGAUUUCUCUGAAGUACAUCUAUGUAACAGUGUACUCUGCAGUCAUGCUGGUUGGUGUGCCUUUGAACCUCCUGGUGAUUGUCACCAUAUUAUGCAAAUUAGACAGGAGGGGUGGAGCUAUGUGGUUCCUGGGCCUGGCCAUCACCGAUCUCAUUUUCUGUGGCUUUCUCCCAUUCCCCAUCGUCUCUGCCUGGAACGACUUCAACUGGGGGUUUGGCACAAUUCUGUGCAAGAUGAGCUCCUAUGUGGUGUUCAUGACCAUGUUCAACACGGCUCUGAUGCUCACCUUCAUGAACAUGAACCAUGUCCUCUCCAAACUGCUUCCGUGUAUGAGCUGCUCUCAAAACCUGUGCAGCACUAUGCUGCUACUUUCCUGGCUCCUGGCUGCUCUCCUCUCCAUUCCCAGCCUGCUGUUCAGGGCCGUUGAGUUCACGGUCAACGGUCAAGUGUGCACAGAUAACUACGAGAACCAAUAUCCUAGCAAAAUAACAAGUGAGGGUCUGAUGAGGAAUAAAGCUGUCAUGUAUAUGCGUUUAAUUUUUGGAUUACUCCUCCCUUUAGCCUUCAUUACUAUCUGCUGUUGUUUGGGGAUCUUGAAGAGAACCAAGAAAGAGGAGAUGCAGUACAUUCGAAUUUCAACUGCUGUGACUGUUGCUUAUUUUGUGUGCUGGGUGCCAUAUCACGCAGUGUCAGCCCUGCAGUUGAAGUCAAUAUCCUCACCUGACUCCCACACCCAUGUGUUACAGAUGCUGUUACCUGCCACCAAUGUGGUGGCAGCCAUGAACAGCUGUAUCAAACCCAUCAUGUACCGCUUCAUGGACAGAAGUUUUGGUCUCCAGUGGAUGGAUAACUACAGUCUCAUUGGCAAAGCAGAAAAAAAAGACAGUUUGGAGGCAGCAGAGAUGAAUGAAGGGGCGGAGUAGUAAAAGAGUAAAACAAUCGUUAAAAGCGCAGGCCUGACGUAUCAUGUUUUUCAGUUGGGCAUUUGCACUGCACAGAUGGUUUUCCCCACUACCAAGUACUAAAAACAAAAGCUUACUUUCUAUCUGUUUAUUGUCUUUAUUUAUCCAAUGCUUUGUAAAUAUGUGCAGUGUAAAAUUUUAUUUCUGUUUUAUUUUUCUCAUUUGUCCUUUAAGAAAAAAACAAAAAUAUUGUUGUCACGUCCACGCCUACACCUGACACCAGUCUAGGACCUUGACUGACCACUCUCCUUUAAAAGACCCUCUUCAGCUCCCGUACACUCGAGGAAUCUCAUAAGACAAAUGCCUUCCUUCGCGGUUUCCUGUUUCCGAUCCUUCACUUCAUCCUCUGACCACGGAUCCUUGCUCUAACUCUGAGCGCCGAUCGACCGACCCUUCGCCUGGCCCCGACAACGAGAACUUGCCUGAUCGCUUGAGUCCAGACGAAUGAUUCUGCACUUAGGUCCAGCCGUCCCGGCUUCCUCGGUUCCUCCUGACAGAAGAUUCCGCCAAACACAUGGACCCAGCAGCGUUUGAACGUCUGCGAAAUACCCUGGACGCGCUCCAGCGCACGUUACACUAAGAAGCAAAACCAAAGCCCGAAAAGACGCAAACCUCCCUGCCAUACCCCGGAUUGCCACCAGAGGUCGCCCACGCUCCACCGGUGGAUCCUUCGACUGCCUAACAAGCCGAAGACUGGUGGUUAGAUCAAUACAUACAGCGGGUGAUCGCCCUGGACAAUGUGUUCCGUAAGUAUUCGCUACAGCUUCCGCUGGCCACCAGAGAGGCCCCAGCAUCCUUGCGUGUCGGACGAGGACGUCUGACUGCCAUGGUAAGGCAGCGACGCUUCCGAAAGGGUCUUUGCCUUUACUGUGGAAAAGCUGGGCAUUACUUAGCUGCCUGCCCGGAGAGGCCUGUCACAGGAGGACCCCGAGCUAGACAGUCCAAGGUGAGUAACCCCCGCCAGGCAGUCCCUCAACUCACUGUUCCCAUAGUCCUAACAUGGGGUAGAGAGUUGUGCAGGUUGGUUACACAUGCAUUUAUAGAUUCAGGAGCAGCUAGCAGUUUCAUGGAUGCCGCUUUUGCAGAGGCACACGACAUUCCCAUGCGCUGCUGUGCAGUCAUGUUACGAGUAAAAGUGUUUGAUGGGCAACUGCUAGGGUCAGGGGUCGAGGGUACCCAAAUAGUGGAGAUUGCCCUCCAGACAGGGGCAUGUCAUAGGGAGACCAUAUCCUUUUUUCUUAUUAGAGCCAAUCACUCCCCGGUGAUUUUGGGCUACACCUGGCUGACCGCGCACAAUCCGGUAUUCUCGUGGAGUUCCAGGAAACUGGUAUCAUGGAGAGUGCUCCUCCUCUUGCCUUACCUUGCCCUGUAGAGCCACGUUGAUUGAAAGCCCUGACUCCACGCAGCCUCUGACGGUGCCAGAGGAAUAUGCAGACCUCGCUGAGGUCUGUAGUAAAUCGCGUGCAUCUGCCCUACCUUCGCACCGCCCAUGGGACUGUGCCAUCGAUCUCCUGUCCGGAACCACUCCUCCAAGGGGCCGAGUUUAUUCACUGUUCCUACCCGAACAGAAGGCCAUGGAGGAAUAUGUGACCGAGGCCCUAUCCUUAGGUAUUAUUAGGCCGUCCACCCCAAGCGGACCUACACCGCCGCACCUUGUUUUUUCAGCCUGGGCAACGGGUAUGGCUAUCCACCAGAGACAUCCGCCUGAAAUUACCCUCCAAGAAGCUCAGCCUCCUGCUUAUAGGCCCAUACAAGAUCCUUUGUCAGAUCACCUCUGUCACCUACCGGUUACAGUUGCCUCCUCACUUGCGCAUCAACCCUACAUUUCAUGUCUCACUUUUCAAGCCCUACAGUACCUCCUUGCUCCAAGCCACCCAGGGUGAGCCGACACCCCCUCCAGUGGACGUGGAUGGGGAAGCGGCCUACACCGUUCGCGCCCUCCUGGACUCCAAGCGCUGGCGUGGGGGGCUGUACUACCUUGUGGACUGGGAGGGGUAUGGUCCUGAGGAACUCAGCUGGGUACCGGCUCGCAACGUCCUCGAUCCGUCCUUCAUUGCUGAUUUCCAUCAGGACCAUCCUGAUAAGCCGGCACCCCGUUCCAGAGGCCACCCGCCUUCCAGGCAUCACAGGGCGGCUGGAGCCGCUCGCAGGGAGGGGGGUACUGUAACGUCCACACCUGCACCUGACACCAAUCAAGCACCUGACUGACCACUCUCCUUUAAAAGACCCUCCUCAGCUCC